AUGGCAAACAGAACAGAUCCAACAGCACAUCUGAUACAUGGAACGAACCCACAGUUCCUGUUUAGUAAGAUUCUGAGAGAUAAGGUGUACAACUCCUUCUACUGGAAAGAAAGCUGCUUCGGACUGACAGCAGAAUCUCUUAUAGAUAAGGCAGUGCAGCUGAAGUACGUGGGAGGCACCUUCGGAGGAAACAGACAGCCCUCGCCGUUCCUGUGCCUGGUGCUUAAGAUGCUGCAAAUACAGCCGGACAUGGAAAUCGUGCACGAGUACAUAAAAAACGAGGACUUCAAGUACCUGAGGGCGCUAGGAGUGUACUACAUGAGGCUCGUGGGCGGCGCCGCGGAGGUGUACGGCACGCUGGAGCCCAUACUGGGCGACUAUCGCAAGCUGAGGUUCAGGAACACCGACGGAAGCUACUCAAUAAAGUACAUGGACGAGUUCGUCGACGAGUGUCUGACGAGCUCGACGUACCUGGACGUCGACUUUCCGCCGCUGGCGAAGAGGAUGAGCCUGGAGGCGACGAGGGCGCUCGCGCCCCGAAGGUCGCCUCUGCAAAUGGUGAAGACGAAGUCCGAGUUAUGA